CGACUGCAGUACAAGUUCACAUCUCCUAUUCUGCGGGCAGAGCCGAGGAGAGUUGAGACCCGACAGGGAGCGAAGGACACGAAUAAGAAAGUGCAGAAUAAACAGAACUCCGCUAACUCAGUGGCAGGGCAGGAACGCGCACCUUCUCUACCCAACACAACAGACCAAGGUCUCAGCGAUGAUGUCUCCUCUCCUCCCUCUCUUGUCCCUGCUCGUCUCCUCUCUCGCACUCCCCUUUGAGCAGAGGGGUUUUCUGGACUUUUCGCUGGACUUUGGCGAGGGGGGGGUCUCAAUGAUGAUGAUGAACGAUGAGGAGGGCUCAGCCUUCGAGGAGGAGACCCCCCCACCCCCCGGCCCAGGACCAGUCUGCCCUUUUGGCUGUCACUGCCACCUGAGAGUGUUACAGUGCUCUGACCUGGGUCUGACCUCAGUUCCCAAGAACAUCCCCUCAGACACAGCCCUGUUGGACCUGCAGAACAACAAGAUCACCGAGCUGAAAGAAAACGACUUUAAGGGGCUCCACAACCUCUACGCGCUGAGCCUGGUCAAUAACCGCAUCUCCAAGGUGAGCGGCAAGGCCUUCCAGCCUCUGAGGCGUCUGCACAAGCUCUACUUCUCCAAGAACCUGCUGACUGAGGUCCCGCAGGGCCUGCCCCCCUCGCUUGUGGAGCUCAGAAUCCACGAGAACAGAAUCAAGAGCGUCCGCAAGGGGGCCUUCAAGGGACUGGGCAGCAUGAACUGCAUCGAAAUGGGGGGUAACCCCUUAGAGAACAGCGGAUUUGAACCCGGGGCCUUUGAUGGACUGAAACUUAACUACCUUCGAAUCUCUGAAGCUAAACUUACUGGAAUUCCCAAAGAUUUCCCAGCCAAUAUCAAUGAGCUGCACCUCGAUCACAAUCAGAUUCAAGCCAUUGAGCUUGAGGACCUCAUCAGAUACAAGAGUCUCUACAGGCUGGGGCUGGGGUACAAUCACAUUCGCAUGAUUGAGAAUGGCAGCCUUGCCUUCGUCCCAAACCUGAGGGAGCUUCACCUGGACAACAACCGACUGACCAAGAUACCAGCCAACCUGCCGGACCUGAGAUACCUGCAGGUGAUUUACCUGCACGCUAACAAUAUCAGCCAGGUGGGAGUGAAUGAUUUCUGCCCCCAAGGCUUCGGUGUGAAGCGAGCUUUCUACAAUGGCAUCAGCCUUUUCAGCAAUCCGGUCAAUUACUGGGAGGUCCAACCAGCAGCCUUCCGCUGUGUCACAGACAGACUGGCUAUACAGUUUGGCAACUACAAGAAGUGAAGAGAGAGGAAGGAGGAAACACAAGCUUUUCUGUUUUGUUUUGUUUUAACCCUUUAAUUGCAUAAUGUUAGUGUUGUAUGUUGGUGUAUAUUAGUGAUGGGUGGCAUUUGAAAGUCCCACAGCUUUCACAGCCUCUAGUAUCCAAAAAUAACAUUUAUUUAAAAGAGUGAGACAGACGUUUGUGAUCAGGGUUGGAAAUGGAAGCCGUCUUCGUUUGUGAAUCUCUAAAAGUUUUUUUUCUUACUGUUCUUUCUUUAUACAGUUUUUUUGCUGUACUGCACUGGAACCUUUAAAACGACAGCUCCACUCACCCCUCGCUGGAAGUGAAGGCUGGUGGGAGAUGUAGUUUUUUUAAUUUUUAUAAAUAAGACAGGUUUCAGUAUAAAGAACUACA